AUGAGGUAUCCAAGUGAUGUACAUGCUGUCUAUGCUCUUGACGUUUUAGAUAUCUUUUCUCAACAAGUCGUAGAUUUUCAUAAUGAAGACUCUCUAGAUGUUGCUUUGAGAGAACAUCUUAUGUUGGAUGACGAAGACUAUUCUUGUGAAAUUAUGGAUGUCAUAGCCACACUCAAUAGUGGUUUUGAUGAGACUUUUAAGAUGGUUUCAUUCUUGGACUUACCAAUCUCUAAUGAGAAAUUGCAGCCAUCUAUUGUGCAAGCACCUACUAUUGAAUUGAAGCCACUUCUAGAGCAUCUUAAAUAUAUUUACUUAGGGGAGAAUGAGACACUUCCAGUUAUAGUUGCAAGAAAUCUCAACCAAGUUCAAGAAGAGAAAUUGACAAGAGUUCUUCGGGAGUACAAAACAACCAUUGGGUGGUCUAUCGCUGACAAUAAAGGAAUCAGUCCUUCUAUGUGCAUGCACCAAAUUCUACUUGAAGAAGGAUCUAAACCAACUCAUGAGGCACAAAGGAGGUUAAAUCCCCCUAUGAUGGAAGUGGUGAAAAAGGAGAUACUGAAGCUCCUUAGUGUGGGUAUUAUUUACCCAAUUUCAGAUAGUCAAUGGGUGAGUCCAGUUCAGGUAGUAUCGAGGGAGUUUGGAAUUACAGUGGUAAAGAAUGAAGACAAUGAGUUGGUGCCUACAAGAAUGCAGACUGGAUGGCGUGUUUGUAUAGACUACCGCAAGAUGAAUGCAGCGACUCGUAAAGGUCACUUUCCAUUACAUUUCAUUGACCAAAUGCAUGAGAGGUUAGCAUGUUAUCCUUAUUAUUGUUUUCUUGAUGGUUAUUCGAGAUAUAGUCAUAUUAUUAUUGCUUCUGAAGAUCAAGAAAAGAUGACCUUCACAUGCCCUUUUGGUACCUUCGUUUUCCGACGUAUGCUAGUUGGGUUAUGUAAUGCUCUCGCCACCUUUCAACGAUUCAAGGGAAUAGAGGUUGAUAAGGCAAAGAUCGAUUUAAUUCAUUCUCUACCACCUUCAACUACUGUGAAAGAAGUGAGAUCAUUCCUUAGGCAUGAUGGGUUCUAUAGUAGAUUUAUCAAGGAUUUCUCUAAAAUCUCCACGCCACUACGCAACCUUCUUCAAAAAUAUGUCAAGUUCAAGUUAAAUGAAAAGUUUUUAGUGGUUUUCAAAUUAUUAAAAGAGUCUUUGACUACAACUCCUAUAAUUCAACCACCAAAUUGGGAGUUAUCUUUUGAACUCAUGUGUGAUGCGAGUGAUUAUGCCGCGGGGGCUGUUCUUGGGCAUCGAGUUGACAAGCUUCCUCAUGUUAUAUACUAUGCUUCUCGCACUCUUAAUGAUGCUCAACUUAAUUAUUCCACCACUAAAAAAGAUCUAUUGGCGAUAAUUUUUGCAUUGGAAAAGUUUCGGUCUUACUUGAUUGGAACUAAAGUGAUUGUUUAUACUGACCAUGCAGCUCUUCGCUAUCUAUUGGAAAAGAAGGAAGCCAAGCCUCGACUGAUUCAGUGGAUUCUACUUCUCCAAGAGUUUGACUUAGAGAUCAAGGACAAGAAGGGUUCAGAAAAUCUGGUGGCGGAUCACUUGAGUCGUCUUAUUCGGAAUGAAGAAAAUUUACCUAUGGAUGAAAAAUUUCCCAAUGAGAAACUACUAGCCAUGUAG